CUCCGGCUCGCGCAGGCGCGAGACGGGCGCAGCUCUAGGUCCGUUCUAGGGGUGCCCGAGCUGGAGUCCGAGACAGGAGUGGCCGCAACUGCUUGGAGUUUUGAUUCAUCAUGGAUAAUCUGUCAUCAGAAGAAAUUCAGCGGAGGGCUCACCAGGUUACUGAUGAGUCUCUGGAAAGUACAAGGAGAAUCCUGGGUUUAGCCAUUGAGUCUCAGGAUGCAGGAGUCAAGACCAUGACUAUGCUGGAUGAACAAGGGGAACAACUAAAGCGUAUAGAAGAAGGCAUGGACCAAAUAAAUAAAGACAUGAAAGAGGCAGAGAAGACUUUAACAGAACUCAACAAAUGCUGUGGCCUUUGUGUCUGCCCAUGUAAUAGGACGAAGAACUUUGAGUCUACUAAGGCCUAUAAGGCAACAUGGGCAGAUGGUGGAGACAACUCAGCUAAAAAUGUAGUAUCUAAGCAGCCAGGCCGGGUGACAAAUGGCCAGCCUCAGCAAGCAGCCACAGGAGCAGCCAGCGGUGGAUACAUUAAACGUAUAACUAAUGAUGCCAGAGAAGAUGAAAUGGAGGAGAACUUGACUCAGGUGGGCAGUAUCCUGGGAAAUCUAAAAAACCUGGCCCUGGACAUGGGCAACGAGAUUGAUGCUCAAAAUCAACAAAUACCCCGGAUCAUAGAAAAGGCUGACACCAACAAAGAUCGUAUUGAGAAUGCCAAUGCCAGAGCAAAGAAACUCAUUGAGAGCUAAAGCUACUGCUGUGCUUUAUCACUGAUUUCGUCCGUAGCUCCUCCUUCAGAGUCAGUACCUUUUCAGAGUUUGGUCCCACACUUUUCUAAUUGGAAGAUAAUGUAAGAAGGGCCAGAGGAGUAAAAGCCCCCUUAUUUGUUUAUUUUAUUUUUUCCUUCGAGGCCAGACUGUGCUGCUCAGCCUUCCGUCUGAUAUUUUUUCCCUCAGUUUAUACUCUGAGAUUGGUUUUCAUAUCACAUACAGUGUGGUUUUUCAUCUUCCUUGUUUGCUCUAGAAGGUUCUUUUGCUUUCAAGAUGUGCCAAGACAGCCAUGAAGAAGGAAGCUGUAGUCUUCUAGGGGGAAAGGGGCAGAGAGAAGAGGUUGUUACCUCAGUAAAAUCCUGCAGGCUCCGAAGCAGAAAGCUACAUAGCCACAGUCAGUGUCUGGUUGGGUUUAGUUUUUAAUUCAAGUUGCAGUUGUUCCAAUUUAGGCUGAAGCUUGGUUUUGGAACUUUUAUGCACAAUAUUUUUGUUACACAUCACAAAUUUGCAACCUCUACUCCUAAAAGAGGAAUAGAAUGAGUUUUCUUAAAUUGAGCUUAAUUUCUGAACUCUUAGUAAUUAACAUAUGUACAUAGAUUCUGUGAUCCUCUUUCAUAGUAUACCAUUCAGGAACACUUUGUGUAAACAAAUGGCUUUUUAUUUUCAUAUUGUUAGUACAUAUCAGGCCUAUAAUUUGUUAUUAGUCUUUGAAGGAAAAAAAUAUGUAAAUACAUGUGUGUAACAUGAGAAAUUUCUCUCUAAAGCAGGGCUUAAAAUUUUUUGGAAAAGUUUUACAAAGUUUAUCAAGUGAGUUCAGAUUUACCUCAAUGCCAAGAAUUACAUUUAGAUAGGAAAAAAGGAACUUAUUUUGAUCUCAGGUAGAAAAAUAGAUUGCUUUGAGUUUUACAUAGCUUUAGACAUUUUUUUUUUAAAGCUGAAACUUACUCUAACUAAAAGUGGUUUGGAAAAUUAUGCCUUUUGUUUAAUUCUUGAAGAUUGUGUCAUUUUCUUAGCCUUGUGUAUUGAACCAUGUCCAGAAUCACGUUAUAUUUAGAUCCUGAACGGUGUUAUGAGAAACUGACUCUUAUUUGUCACUUUUAUUUAAAAACUAGCAUCUGCAUACUUCAGAGCUAUUAAUAUGGAUUGGUUUGGCUUGAUCUUUACAAUUAAAUUUUGUGACUAACCAGUGGAAUUGUUCUUUCAAAUGGGUAAUGUGUUUUCAUAACUAUUAUUUUUAGGGCACCAAUUUAAUCAGCUCUUAUUUAACAAAUUGAAUAAAGCAAAGGUCCAUAAAUCAAGAAGCCUCCAACCUGGAAAGUUGCCUUUAGCACCUUUCUAAUUUUUGUUGUAAAAUUGACAGGAUUUUUCUUUCUGUGAUUUGUGAUGAGGUUCAUUUUAAUCAUUACUAAUCUACUUCAUCUGGGCUUAAAUAACACUAGUGACUGAAAGGAUAAUGUUUGUGAGCGAGAACUACAGCCCACUUCCUAGAGAAGAUUCAGUUAACAUAGGAACUUUCAAAGGCUGAAGAGGAAAAUGUUUAAGUGAGACUGAGGCUCUCUGUAAUAGAAAUGCUCUGUGCUAGGCUGAGUAGUUUGGCAGAUGAUGGUAAAUGGGUAAAGAAAAAAGGUGUAAAACAAUAGGGAUUGUGCUAUACUUAAAUCCCUUUCCUAAGGCAAUAAAAAAUAUUGUUUUAUUACUGUCCUGUCUAAUGGAAAUAGUCUUGAGGAUAUCAAUAUGCUGCCCCACAGUAUAGUGUCUUGGUUAGGAGCACGAGCUAAGGAACCAAAUGGUCUGGAUUUAUACUUGAGCCUUGCCACUUGUGGCUAAAGGACUGUAAGCCUAUUUGUGUCCCUCAGUUUCUUUGUAAAAUGGGGAUAAAUAAUCCUACCUCAUAGAGUUUUUGCAAAGACUCAACGUGGUAAUUACAUAAGUAAUUAGAACAGUGCCUGGCAAGUAUAAGAGCUUAAUAAAUGAUAGGCUACUGUUAUCUCUAGAGGAGCUCUUUCUGGGUCAAGGAUCCCUUUGUGAAUUGAUGAAAAAAACACAGCCCCUCUUCUCAGAAACAGAGACACACAAACGUGAAUCAUGCACAAGUGAGAAUCAUGGAGGCCUUGAAAGCCCAUCCAUGGAGCCCAGGUUAUGAACUUUUCCAAAGCUUCUGCUGCUGGGAAAGAAGAGGAGUGAGGUGUGAGGCCACAGAAAACGCUCUCUACAGAGUGGACGGAGUAGGCCAAUAAUGCCCUAGAAAUAGAAGCUGUUGACUUAAAGCCUUUUUCUUAUUUUCUCCAUAACAUUGCCUGGAAAACUUGUUUCUAAUACUUCUGAAAGUACUGAAGUGGUUAAAAAUAUAAGUGCUGGAGUCUGACCACCUGGGGUCAGAGUUUGUUUCAGUCAUUUACUAGCUGUGUGACCUUGAGCAUAAUACUAACUCUUCUGGGCCAUGUUUCCUUAUCUGUUCAGUGGUUGGGGGCACAAAUUGGUGCCUGGACUUAGUAAAUGUUCAUUGAGUUAAAUAUUUAUUAUUACUUUGGAAUACUUAAUUGAUGUAAAGUAUCUUCAUUCUUUUUUGCUUAAUAAUUAGAUGUCUUCCUCUUUUCCAAGUGUUAGAAUCAUCAAAAUUGCAAGAUGAGACCUAAUUCUGAAGAGAAGUGGAAAAGCCAAGGAAGUGGUGGUACUUAGAAGCUAGGAAUCCUCUCUUCUCAUUAUGACAUUCCAAGAAAAUUGCUGGUGGUGGUCUGGAAAUACUGCUGUGCACUAAUACGUACCUUAUCAUAGCCUUCCAGUUCUCGAAGUUUUUUUAUCUCAAAAAGAUUGCCUUCCACAGCAAGGAGACAGAUCUGGGAAUCACUAAGGAUGCUCUGUGGAAGCAUGCUGAGCUCAAGACAGUUCUCUUCCAGACGAAGAACUUUGAGACGAGGACAGCAAGAUAUCUUCACUGAGAUCUGAGAUAUCUAUCAAACAAAGAAAAAGAAUAAUAGGGGAAAGCAUAAGCACUAUAAUGGCUAAUUUUUACAUUAAAAACAAAAAGCAAAACUUUGA